CGGUAAGCACGAAAUGACUAAGCAAGUAGUCACAAUAACUAUUUGACCUUUCAUGCGCGGCCGAAGAAACAAGCCCAACCAGAUCAUAAAAUUGAAUAGAUUACUUGAAUACCCAUUGAACAAGCUACCAAUUGGAAGAAUAAUACUGAGCCGAGGAGGCGUUAAUUUGUUUUGAAGGUGUCGUCGUCGAAUCGGGAAUCUCGAGGAUCCAGACAAAGAAACCCGAGGCCUUGGCCAACUCCGGGGGGACAAUGCCAACGGACCUCAAUUCUCAUUGGCCUUCUAUUGAACACUACAUCAAGUUAGCUUGAGACACUUAUCUCGCUCAUUCUCCUGAAACCGACGCUUCUCUUUCCCCCAACUUCUCUUCUGUGGGUUGACAGGCUUAUUGAUUGUAUCCCGACAGCCAAAUAUCAAGAUUGACACCCUUCAGCGCCCAAAUUCAACUAUUCCUCACUCUUUACCCUAUGUCAGGAGAUGGAAUCGGCAUUCUAUAUGAAAGUAAUUUGACUACUUGGAAAUUCAUGUGGAACGACUGAUAAGUGGGAGCAAUUUUCAUGGAAACGAGAGCCUUAUUUGUUGUAGCAUGGCUCAUUCAGCUUUUCAUGGCACUUGGGCACUGCCACGAGAUAGUCGAACGACUACACGACGUGCCGGACGGCUGGUCAAAAGGGGUCAAGCCCAACCCAUCAACAUCUAUACGAUUCCGGUUGGAAAUACGCGAACCAAACAGUACCUAUCUGGAGAGACUGGUUAUUGAUCUGUCGACCCCGGGUCAUCUAAAUUACGGGAAACAUAUGAAACGCGGAGAGGUUGAAGAGCUUUUGCGUCCGACCUCCGCCGUCUCCGACCAGGUCUUGGCCUGGCUGAGUUCGGAGGGAAUCUCCAACGACACUAUUGGCAUAUCUGGAAAUUGGAUCAGCUUCAGUGCGACUAUAUUCCAGGCGGAGCAAAUGUUGAAGACAAAGUUUCUCCACUAUCAUCAUGAUGCCAGCCGAAAGAGCCUCAUCAGAACUCUUGAGUACUCCUUACCUCCUGAUAUACACCCACAUGUGCACCUAAUUCAACCAACGACCAGAUUCGGAAACCCUGAUCGACAUGGCAAAGGGCGACUAUAUGCACGCCAUGGCUUACCAGUCGACCAGCCAAUUGUAGCCACACCGGAAGACCUGACCGCGGAAUGUUGGACCGUGAUGAGGCCGGAUUGCCUUCGAGAGUUAUAUGGUCUUUGCAACACAAGAGCAAAGCCUGAUCCACAAAAUCGACUGGGAGUAUCCGGCUUCCUAGAUCAAUAUGCCCGCCAUAGUGAUUUCCAUCACUUCAUGCAACGCUUCUCUCCGAACGCAUCAGACGCGAAUUUCGACGUCGUGAUCCUCAACGGGGGCAGUAACCUAGAGGAUUCUCCGGCCAGCAGCACCGAGGCAAGUUUGGAUAUACAGUAUGCAGCUGCUUUGGCCCACAACGCUUCAGUCACGUUCUAUUCCACUGGCGGCCGGGCGCUCUCAGUUUCCGACACGGGGCAAUCAGUCUUGGAGAACUCGGAAAAUGAGCCAUUUCUGGAUCAACUCCACUAUCUCAUCAGCCUCCCAGACAGUGAGCUCCCAUCUGUUCUCGCCACGUCAUACGGGGAGAUCGAACAGAAUGUGCCAGCAUCGUACGCAAGAUCAGUGUGCAACUUAUUUGCGCAACUCGGUGCCCGGGGCGUGUCAGUCAUAUAUAGUAGUGGAGACUCCGGCGUUGGAGAGACGUGUCUCAGCAAUGAUGGAAAGCGGCGGGUCAAGUUCCAGCCAAUUUUCCCGGCCUCCUGUCCAUUUGUCACGGCUGUCGGAGGAGUGGAGGGUAUCAAACCCGAGAUUGCUCUUGAUUUCUCGAGUGGCGGCUUCUCCGACCUUUUCCCUCGUCCAAAAUACCAAGACCGGGAAGUGAACAGGUACCUUGAUCGUCUAGGUGAACAAUGGAAUGGCUUAUACAACCGCCGGGGAAGGGCAAUCCCUGAUGUCGCCUGUCAAGCGAAAAACUUCAUCAUUCGAGACCAUGAUACCUAUUUGAAGAUUAGCGGCACUAGGUUUGUUGCUUCGGUCAAUUGAUUCAUGGCAUCGACUAAUAACAAGCAGUGCUUCCGGGCCGGUCUUUGCCGGUCUAGUCUCUCAAUUGAACGCGAUUCGACUUGCAAAUGGGAAGCCUCGAAUGGGGUUUCUAAACCCCUGGCUAUAUAGCCUCCAGCAAACAGGAUUUACCGAUAUAGUACACGGUGGCUCCCGAGGCUGCACUGGAACUACUGAUUCAGGUGCAAAAGGCGCUUUCGUUCCGUAUGCAAGUUGGAAUGCCACGGAAGGAUGGGAUCCGGUGACAGGGCUGGGGACGCCUUUGUUCCAGACGUUGGCCGAUUUGGCCUUGUCGAGUGAGCAGGUGGCAUGGACAAAAUACGUUGUGUUUAGCAAAGAUAAAUCGUAUUAGUUUAGCAGGAAUCGUUAGGGAAAAG